AUGUUGUCCAAACACGCACUAUGCACUCUAGUAGCUAUGGGGCGGGGGCGGGGCGCGGCGCGGUCGCCGUCAGAAGCGACUGGCCGUGACGUUGUAACGCCAGGCGUGCGGCGGCAGCGGCUCUGGGUCCCGGGCGGCGGCUGCUGUGGAGAGCGUGACCACGUUGAUGCUGCCCCGGUCCACCUUGGCUCCGUUGGCCGUCGCCCUCGCCCCGCCCUCGCCCCGUCAGAAGAGGUCUCUCUGCCGCUCCUGCGCGCGUCGCUUCAGCAGCACGGCACACGCCACCAGCAGCGCCAGCAGCGCCACCACGAAGCCCACCAGCGUGUAGGUGGCGCUCCGGAAGGGCUGCACUGGGUCUGCAACACCCCGUCGAACACUCCCUCGUAA